AGCUUCCACUAUGAAUUUCUGUAUUUAUCCGAUCGAACAGAUAUGCUAGAACCCUCAUGGCCUCACCACAAAUUUAAACGUAUUUAUGCACUUGCUAAACCUUCCAGCAGGAUACCAAGUAGUAGUACUAGUUAGUGUGAUACUGCUUUGUAGUUCAGUCUCUCACCCGAUCGAGAUCAACUACUAACUAAGAAGAAAUACGAGGAAACGCAGGCAUGAAGUACUUUACGAGGGCGGGGGGCAAGGUGAUUUUAGUUCCAUAUCCAGCACAAGGCCAUGUCACUCCUAUGCUCAAGCUGGCUUGUGAACUCGUUUCCCAUGGUUUAGAGCCUGUGCUGGUUGUCCCUGAGUUUAUCCACCGCAGCAUCUCUGCUCAGAUAGAUAGUAUGGAAGGGAUUGUUUGUCAGUCCAUUCCGGCUGACGGACUAGACGAAGGAAAACCGCGUGACUUUUUCGCCAUGGAGAUGGCUAUGGAGAAGAUAAUGCCGCUGCAUCUAGAAAAGCUUGUUCGACAACUUGAUGGGGAACAAGAACAGGAUCAUGAUGAAGGAAGGGUUUCAUGUAUGAUAGUUGACCUACUGGCAUCAUAUGCUAUCAACGUUGCCCGUCGAUGUGGAGUUAAAGUAGCAGGUUUUUGGCCAGCCACGAUGGCUACUUACAGAUUGAUUUCUGCCAUUCCACACAUGCUACUCUCGGGCAUCAUUUCUGAAACAGGUUGUCCUUUGUUAGAAACUCCUAUAUGCGUUUCCCCGGGUCAACCUUCAAUAAGCGCAGCUGAACUGCCAUGGUUAAUUGGGACUUCAGCUGGAAGAACGUCAAGGUUCAAGUUUUGGACAAAGACCAUGGACAGAUCGAAGACACUUGAAUGGCUUCUGGUAAAUAGUUUUGCGGAGGAAUGCCGUGGAGGCCAGAUCAACGUCCAAAAUGUUAUCCCAAUUCGACCUACAAGUAAUACUAUGCAUUCAAGAACGUCGACCAAGACUGUUGCUAGCUUCUGGGAGGAAGAUUUGAGUUGCUUAGAUUGGCUAGACAAACAAGCUGUUGCUUCAGUAGUGUACAUCUCAUUUGGAAGUUGGGUGAGCCCAAUUGGAGAGGCAAAGGUGAAGAAUCUAGCCGUGGCACUGGAGACAUCCGGCAGGCAUUUCCUUUGGGUUCUAGGGCCUGCAUGGCGUGAAGGUUUGCCGAGAGGUUUCGUGGAGAGAAUGUCCAAAGAGGGCGGGCAAGGUAAAAUUGUUUCGUGGGCACCGCAAAUGGAAGUGCUGCAGCACGAGGCUGUAGGAUGCUAUCUCACACACUGCGGAUGGAACUCAACCGUGGAGGCCAUACAAUGCAAGAAACGCCUACUCUGCUAUCCGGUUGCUGGCGAUCAGUUUCUAAAUUGUGCUUAUAUUGUUAAGGCUUGGCGAAUUGGAGUAAGGCUCCGGGGGUUUGGGCAGAGAGAUUUAGCUGAAGGGCUGAAAAGGGUGAUUGAAGAUAUAGAGAUGGAUGGCAGAAUUCUGGGACUGAAUGAGAAGUUGAUGGGCAAAGAGGCUACAUCUAGAGCAGCAACUAAUUUGGCCUCCUUUGUCAACAACAUAGUCUCGAUGUAAACUUUAUUUAUUCCCCAUUUUGGAUACUCUGUCAGUCUAUUACUAAUUGUAGAGUUAUGCAUCUUGUUGAUGGUUACACUUACAUGUCAUUUGAUUUAGUGUUAGUCACUCACAAUAUCCAUCAACUAUUAGUGAAUGUUAAAUAAGUGAACAUAUGCUAGCCUC